CCUUUGUUACUCCCGGUGGCUUGGCGGUCGGACCGAGGGGUUUGCAUGGUGGCGCAGCGAGAGUGACUGAGGAAUAAUUUGCUGAUUGUGGAAUAUUUGAAAACCCCCCCGUGGAUAUAUUUGUUUGUUUUUUGUUUUUUCCCUGGAGAUCAUGCAGAAGUCGUGAAAUGCGAGUGUGAAAUGAGACCACCUCCGAGAGUGCGGAUCACCAUCGCUGCCCCGUUGAUGAGCACGAGCACAACGGCUCGCAGGAGCAGCCGCUGCUGCAUUCAUAAACACUUCUUUAGGACUCACAGUAACCCCUGAGCUCCGUCCGGGGCCGAGAAGGAGAAAAGCGACAGGAAAACACACGCGCACGCACACGCACACACACACCGACACAUUCGCGCUGUGCACGCGGGUUGACAAUGGCUGAAGAGGGUCGAGUGGUCGUGGGGGACCUCGGCGGAGCGUCCAGGCUCCGGGAGGAACACGAGAAGGUGGUGAAAGACUGUGAAAGUCGGAUCCAACACUGGGAGAAGCUGUCUGGUGACUACGAGGCCCUGAAUGAUCGUCUCAAAACUCUUCCAGAUCAACUGUCUUAUGACAUCAUGGUGCCGUUCGGUCCUCUGGCCUUCAUGCCCGGGAAGCUGGUGCACACCAACGAGCUCACGGUGUUGCUCGGCGACAACUGGUUCGCCAAGUGUUCUGCCAAGCAGGCUCAGAAAAUCGUCGAUCACAGGAUGAAACACGUAAAGAGUGAAUCUGACGAUCUAACCAAGACGAUGAAAAACUUUGAAGCCAGAGUUGGGUUUGUGAAGGAUUUGGAAAAAAUCUCAGGCAGCAAAGAGGACUAUGUCGACAUCAGAGAAGAUGUCAGACCAGAUGACACUGCCAUCACCAAAGGGAGACAGAGAUUAGCUCUCAAACCAAAUUCUAAGCCCAGGCUGGACGCCAUAUUGGAUCUGAAAGAGGAGGACGAGGAGAACGAUGGAGAGAGCGGAUAUGGAGGGAGCGGAAAGGGCAUCGUGAGCGAGGAAGAGCUGUGGGCCAGACUGGAUGAACUGGAGAAACUGGAAGAGCUACAGGAUGAGCAGGACAGAUUAUCUUUUAAUAUGAACGGUGAAGACACAUCAUCCUCCUCAGAGGAGGAGGAGAAGGAAGGACAUGAUGCUGCCGGAGAUGACGCAGGAGUGAGUCUGAAGCCGAGCUGGACCUCCGCGGCACCUCACGGUAAACCGCAGCCAAGUGUGGAGCGGAAGGAGCAGGAACAUGAUGAUGAUGAGGAACAAGAAGGCAACUGUUUGCCUACCAUUUUCUUCUCUCACACAGUUGAACCCAAGAAGGUGAGGAUAAACACGGGAAAGAACACCACCCUGAAGUUCAGUGAAAGGAAAGAGCAGAAGGAACACUCAAAAAGGAAAAAGAAAAACGGACACAACGGGCACUCGCAUCACGAACUUCACAAAAUCACCACACCAGCAGACAUUUACAGGUUGUUCGUGGACGUGAAGAACGGGGAGCCCUUCCCCAGGAAGUCCAUCCUAAAGUCGCGGAGCCGCGAGAACAGCGUGUGCAGCGACACGAGCGAGAGCAGCGCGGCCGACUUCGACGAGCGCCGGGUGAUCGGACGCAGCGUCAGCCACGACGAGGCGACGCACAGCGACACCAGCGACGGCAUCACGGAGGAGGACAGUCCGACGGCGGUGCCGCUGCACCCGGCCAGCAGAUUCGAGGCCUUUUCAGGUACGGUGGUAGAAAAGGACCCGAUGCCUUCAUCUCUCCCCCACCUGACCAUCAUUCCGCCGGCCCUGCCGACCAUACUGGAGAGGAGGCAGGAGGAGGUGGCGCCCGACGUCGCGCCGCCCCCGCCGGCCCCCAAGAAGGUGUCGAAGUUUAAGGCUGCCCGGUUGCAGCAGACGUGACUUUUUGAUGAGCAAAUAUCACUAUUUUACGAUAACAUCUUCUUCUUUUUUCUCCCCCUUUUCUACUGGACAAUACUUCCUCUUCCCUUCUGUCUCUCGCGCUUUACCCCGUUUCACCUCUAAGCACACAGGGCUGCUGUUAUCAUUAAAUGUGACUGCUCCGUUAAUGUUAACGUUCACAAAUCAGCCUCAUGGGUUUUAGGUCCUUUUCAACGUGCUCCAAACACUAGGUGCUGCAGUCUCUUUUGCUUAUCUUGUACUACGGGAUACGUUGCUCUUUGCAAUCGUCAGUCAUUCUGUUCGACUCGGUUAAAACCGAUUGCUUUCUGUCACAUAUUUACCCGUCUGUUGAUCCAUGCUGUUGCCAGUUUAGGUAUAAAUCUAAUCUGCCAUAGGACGAGCUGCCUUGUUUAGGUUUUCUUUUACAUUUUCAACUAAUGAUCAUUAAAGUCUGCUCUAGCUUUCAUUUGACCUUCUCUUGACCUGCCUAAUGAAUGUACGUAUUCCUUUGUGAUGAGCUUUAUGUAACGACAAAAAAAAGAAGAAAAGAUUAUCCUCAAUAGAAACUAAAAGGAAAAUAAAUGAUUUUGGCUACAAAAA